UUUGGAUCGAAUGAACCUCUGAAAGCCGGGGAUUUACGAACUGUUUGGUUAAAUUCUGUCAGCAUGGACAUUGCUAACACCUCCACAGCGGUGUGUUCGGUGUUAGCCGGCGUUCUGAGCUGUUAUGUCGGUCUGAAGGUCUACAGGAGACAGCAGGUGAAGAAGAAGGCCUUGAAGAAGAGAGAAGAAAGUCGGAGAGCCUUGCAAGACGUUCUGAGAUCUGUGGCUACUGACGAUCAGCCAACAGCAGCCAAAAGGAGAGAGAUCCUGUCCCUGACUCUGCCCCAACUCAGCCAGCAGCUGAGAGAUGGACAGCUGUCAGCUGUACAGGUGCUGCAGGCAUUCCAGGAGAAGGCAACUACAGAGAACCAAAAGCUGAACUGCUUGACUGAGCCGGUGCCUGGUGCUUUGGCAGCAGCUCAAGGUUUGGAUGCAGAAGGUGAGAAGACUGGACUGUUACAUGGUGUUCCAGUGUCUAUCAAGGAUAAUGUAGAUAUCAAGGGCAUGGCGACCACCAUGGGUGUGACAAAGCACCUGGACACACCUGCAGAUGAAGAUGCUGUUAUUGUCCAGGUGCUGAAGAAACAAGGAGCCGUGCCUUUUGUCAAAACCAACAUUCCACAGACUCUACUCAGUAUGGCCUGCAGCAACCCUGUGUUUGGAGAGACGGUGAACCCUGUUGACCCCACGCGAUCCCCGGGUGGAUCGUCAGGCGGAGAGGGAGCGUUGAUCCGAAGCGGGGGGUCAGUUCUGGGCAUCGGUAGUGACAUCGCGGGGAGUGCACGCAUUCCCGCACACUUCUGUGGAGUUUUUGGAUUCAAGCCAACUGCAUACAGGCUCAGUCCCAAAGGUUUCAAAAGCAGCUCUCCUGGCCAACAGGGAGUGGUUUCAGCUCCAGGACUACUUGCCAGAGACGUGGAUAGUCUAGCCCUUGGUAUGAAGACUUUGCUGGUUCCAGACAUGUUCCAACUGGACCCACUGGUGAUACCUGUACCAUUCAGACAAGAGAUAUAUGAAGACAAGAAGCCCAUGAGGAUAGGAUACUUCACCACCCUACAGUCCUGCCCCCCCACCCCGUCUAUGGGCAGGGCUGUCAUCAUGGCAAAGGAAGCCUUGGAGAAAGCUGGACACACGCUGGUUGCCUUUGAUCCACCAGACCAGAUGUAUGCCAUCAUUGAUCUAGCCUUGAGACUCCUCACCUCAGAUGGAGGACAAACAUUCAACACAAUGUGGCUGAAAGACGAAAUCGUGGAUGAAUGUAUAAAGAGCCAAAUCAGUCUCAUGACCAUGCCAUACUACCUGCGAAGGAUUGUUAGCUUUCUACUCAAGCCAAUUUGGCCAAGGAUUAGUAGGUCCCUGUCUCACCGAUUACUGGGGUCAAUCUAUGAACUCUGGCAAAGGCUGGUAGAGAGAGAGGAGUACAUCCAGACGUUCCUGGCAGAGUGGAAAGAGAAGGAACUUGACGUGUUGUUGUGUCCUGCGUUUGGCAUGCCGGCCUGCAAACCUGAGCACGCUGGGCGCCUCAUCAUUGCUGCAAGCUACACAAUACUUUUCAACCUGCUCAACCUUCCGGCUGGAGUUGUUCCUGUUACCAUGGUAACAGAAGAGGAUGACAUGCUAUUGGAUGACUGGCAGGGUUAUGGAAAUGACCUGUUCGACCGGCUUAUCAGGAAGACAAUCAAAGGUGCAGUAGGCCUGCCCGUGUCUGUCCAGUGUGUGGCACUGCCGUGGCAGGAGGAGAAAUGUCUCAGGCUCAUGAAGGAAGUGGAGACUCUGUGUCCUGUGUGAUUUGUCAGAAAAUAUUGUCCUUUCUUAUCUCUAGAUGUAUAUUAUCUACUUGUAUGCAGAAAAAAAAGUAGGGAAUAAAUACUUCACAAAUCACAAUUAUGAUAUAGUAUACUAUGCAGUACAAACAAUUUUGAAAUGCUUGAAAGCUAAGGUAUGUGAUUUUGGAUGGAACUGCAUAUUAUUUAUGGUGCAUAAUUUUUAGACAGAUACAUAUAGUGCAUGGGAUAAGUAUGCAGCAGUACAUUGCAAAACUAAUUAUCUAAAAGUGUUAAAGGUUCCAUCAGUGUUACUAAAAUGAUAGUAAAAAUUCAAAUGUAAAUCUGUCUCUUUUGAUUACUAGUGCAUGUACAUGGACGGGACCUAUCUUAAGUGCUGAACACCAUCAUACACACACAAGUAAACAUGACUGUCCUUGGUGCUGAAAAACAUCCACACAGGCAAAUACACUUGUC